AUUGGCUGCGGGUCUCUGCCAGCCUUUACAUAAGCCCGGGCGCGCUCGAGUGGAGUUGUAUACAGCGAGCGAGCGAGCGGCGUCGGGGCGGGAGGCUCCAGGCCAGCCCGGGACUGGGGCUGGGAGCUGGAAGAAGGCGGCGGCGGCGGCGGCGGCAGAGGCGACAGCGAGCUCCCGCUCUCCGACGCCCCCAGGCGGUGGGGCUGAGAGAGCCCGAGGAUGGCUCCGAGCGCAGACGCCGGCAUGUUCCAGAUGUUUCUGUCCCUGCUGCUGCUGUGGUUUCUGCCCCUGACUGAGGGGUCCCUGCGGGCUGAACCCAUGUUCACGGCAGUCACCAACUCAGUCCUGCCCCCUGACUAUGACAGCAACCCCACCCAGCUCAACUAUGGAGUGGCAGUGACUGAUGUGGACCACGACGGGGACUUUGAGAUCGUCGUGGCAGGGUACAAUGGCCCCAACCUGGUUCUGAAGUACGACCGGGCCCAGAAGCGGCUGGUGAACAUCGCGGUGGACGAGCGCAGCUCCCCCUACUAUGCGCUGCGGGACCGGCAGGGCAACGCCAUCGGGGUCACAGCCUGCGACAUCGACGGGGAUGGCCGCGAGGAGAUCUACUUCCUCAACACCAAUAAUGCCUUCUCCGGGGUAGCCACGUACACGGACAAGUUGUUCAAGUUCCGCAAUAACCGCUGGGAAGACAUCCUGAGUGACGAGGUCAACAUGGCCCGCGGCGUGGCCAGCCUCUUUGCCGGGCGCUCUGUGGCCUGUGUGGACAGGAGGGGCUCCGGACGCUACUCCAUCUACAUCGCCAAUUACGCCUACGGUAAUGUGGGCCCUGACGCCCUCAUUGAAAUGGAUCCAGAGGCCAGUGACCUCUCCCGGGGCAUUCUGGCGCUCAGAGACGUCGCUGCUGAGGCUGGGGUCAGCAAAUACACAGGGGGCCGGGGCGUAAGCGUGGGCCCCAUCCUCAGCAGCAGUGCCUCGGAUAUCUUCUGCGACAACGAGAACGGGCCCAACUUCCUCUUCCACAACCGGGGGGACGGCACUUUCGUGGAUGCUGCAGCCGGUGCUGGUGUGGAUGACCCCCACCAGCACGGGCGAGGUGUCGCCCUGGCCGACUUCAACCGCGACGGCAAAGUGGACAUUGUCUAUGGCAACUGGAAUGGCCCCCACCGCCUCUAUCUGCAGAUGAGCGCCCACGGGAAGGUGCGCUUUCGGGACAUCGCCUCACCCAAGUUCUCCAUGCCCUCGCCUGUCCGCACAGUCAUCGCUGCCGACUUUGACAAUGACCAGGAGCUGGAGAUCUUCUUCAACAACUUCGCCCACCGCAGCUCCUCAGCCAACCGCCUCUUCCGCAUCAUCCGCAGGGAACACGGCGACCCCCUCAUCGAGGAGCUCAAUCCUGGCGACGCCUUGGAGCCUGAGGGCCGGGGCACAGGCGGUGUGGUGACAGACUUCGAUGGAGACGGGAUGCUGGACCUCAUCUUGUCCCACGGAGAGUCCAUGGCUCAGCCGCUGUCCGUCUUCCGGGGGAAUCAGGGCUUCAGCAACAACUGGCUGCGGGUGGUGCCGCGAACCCGGUUUGGGGCCUUCGCCAGGGGCGCUAAGGUUGUGCUCUACACCAAGAAGAGUGGGGCCCACCUGAGGAUCAUCGAUGGGGGCUCAGGCUACCUGUGUGAGAUGGAGCCCGUGGCACACUUUGGCUUGGGGAAGGAUGAGGCCAGCAGCGUGGCGGUGACGUGGCCCGAUGGCAAGAUGGCCAGCCGGAACGUGGCCAGCACGGAGAUGAACUCGGUGCUGGAGAUUCCCUACCCCCGGGAUGAGGACAGACUUCGGGACCCGGCCCCUCUGGAGUGCGGCCAAGGAUUCUCCCAGCAGGAAAAUGGCCAUUGCAUGGACACCAACGAAUGCAUCCAGUUCCCAUUCGUGUGCCCUCGAGACAAGCCCGUGUGUGUUAACACAUACGGAAGCUACAGGUGCCGGACCAACAAGAGAUGCAGUCGGGGCUACGAGCCCAACGAGGACGGCACAGCCUGUGUGGGGACUCUCGGCCAGUCACCGGCCACCCGCCCCGCCGCUGCUGCUGCCGCUGCCACUGCUACUGCCGCUGCUGGAGCUGCCACUGCUGCACUGGUCCUCGUAGAUGGAGAUCUCGAUCUGGGGCGGCGUUAAGGAGGGAUGCAAGCGGACAGGAACUGGCUGAUGGGGAAGCGGGAGGCAGAGCUGGUGCUGCUUCCCAGACAGUAAGGACUCAGAGGCCCGGGGAGCCAGACCCAAGCCCCUGCUCGCACCUGCGCUCACUCAGCUCAGAUGCUCCUGCGCACAGCCAAGACCAGGAGCUUACAUUCUAGUGGGUCUAACCACUGUACCCCAGGAUGGGGAUGUGCCCAAGAGCGGGUGUUACUGCACAGGAAGUGUGAGGACUUGGGUGUCCUGAGUUCAAAUCUCAGCUCACCCAUCUCAUCUGUGAAAUGGGGAUAAUAAUAGAAUCUUGGGGUUACUGCAAGGAUUAAAUGAAAUAAAGCGUGUAAUGCACAAUGCCUGGCACAUAGUAAAGUCGCAAAGACGAGAAGCGCCUCUCCCUGGGCUUUGUAAGCAUGAGGUUCUGGGAUUUGAGUUUUCUUCACUCUUUUCCUGUCAGUUUUCCAGUAAAAGUUAUUUUUAAACAA